AUGGGUCCUGAUCAGCGUGCCCAUCUGGAUGGAUUCAGUCUAUUCCUACCUUUUCCCUCUCGCGUUGCCGUCAUAUUGCUAGCAGGAUUCUGGGGCUGGGGUGCCAAUAUUCACCGUCUCCAGCAACACAAUAUCGACCUUCUCGCCUUGAUCCGGUAUCGCACUUCUCAGUCGUCAAACCAACGACCACCCCACGUCUCGACCUAUCGCUUUGCCGGCCUCUUGACCUUUCCUCUUCUAUUGUCGCUCCUCAUCUUUUGGCCAGUUACCCAUGGUUCCAGAGAAUGGGUCGAAACCGUUGAUUACAUUCCGCAAGCAUAUCUCUUCAUCCUCUUUGUCCUCCUUCUCCUUCCCCUCAAUCGUCUGGCACGGUCUGGACGGCGCAGGUUCCUCGCGACACUUCGGCGGAUCAGUAUCGGUGGGCUCGCAGAACCUCAAGAUGGCAAAUUCGGCGACAUUUUGCUGGCUGAUGCCCUCACAAGUUAUGCCAAAGUUAUCGCAGACCUCGUGGUUACGUUUUGCAUGUUCUUCAGCUCGGAUACAUCAAGCACAUCAAAGCCAGACCGACACUGCGGCUCAGACUACGUGGUUCCUCUAGUCAUUGCCUUGCCCAGUAUGAUCCGACUAAGACAAUGUCUGAUCGAAUAUGUUCGCGUACGCCGAACAAGUUCGAAGAACGGGGGCAGUGGUGGACAGCAUUUAGCCAACGCUCUGAAAUAUGCUACUGCAUUCCCAGUUAUUGCGCUCGCCGCUAAAUUGAGGAACUACAGUCCUUUCCUCUUCUAUGGAAUAAGCGAAGUGACACUCAACAGGCUCCUGUACUUCUUUACUCUCAUCAACUCUUCGUACUCGUUCUAUUGGGAUAUCACAAAGGAUUGGGACUUGACCUUGUUCUCAGAAGCACGAAACGAUAACGAAUAUCCAUUCGGACUACGUCGCUAUCGCCAUUUCACAGAUCAACAGUACUAUAUGGCCAUUGCUAUUGAUUUCGCUAUCCGCUUUUCAUGGAUGACGAAAUUUUUCCCAGGCUUUUCCUGGCUCAGCGACACAGAGUUCGGGCUUUUCUUGCUCAUGUUCCUCGAGGUUGCCCGCCGAUGGAUGUGGGUUUUCCUUCGAGCAGAAGCUGAGUGGAUCAGGAACAGUCGUGGACCAGCCCCGCAUGACGUCCUACUCGGAGAAUACAACGGCAAGCUGGAUGCAGAUUGA